AUGAACAACUAUACAGUGAGCUUCACCACACCUGAAGCAUCUACAAACUCCACAGCUGAUUCUUUCUGGUUACUUGAAAGUCUGAAAAUGUGUAUGUUCAGCAUCAACCUCCUCUUUGGUUUUCCUACACACUCCUAUGUGAUCUGGCUCAUCGUAACAGGAACAGGAAGUGGAGUCGCAUCAGAGUUCUUCAACCUCAAUCUCUCUGUUUGUGAAAUUGGUAACUGUCUGAAUUGUUUGUUUUAUAUAAUGUCAAUUUGCUUUCAGAGAAUCUCAAAAUUACCACUGUUUUUACUAGGACUAUUCUUCACUGGUCGUCCUCUGUUUCAGUGUCUGAUCUGUGUUGAGCGUUACCUGGCAGUGGUUCAUCCUGUAACCUUUCUGAAGUUCAAACCUCUCAGAUAUAGAGUGAUCUGCUGCACUGUGGCAUGGAUAAAUAUUCUUGGCUCAUGUUUCUGUUGCUUAUUUAUUGUCUUCACUAAAAAUGGAGAAAUGCAUACACAGUUUUUUUCAUUACAAUUCCUACUGGCCAUCUGCAUCCAAAUGUUUUGUCUUGUGGCUGUUCUCAGAGCUUUGAAGCAUUCAGGCCCAGGAGAGAGAAGAAGAGAGAGAAAGGAGGAAAACCACAUGAAGAAAAGAGCAUUUCAAAUCAUUUUAAUUACUACUGUGAGCAUGACUAUCAUCUAUGUUCCAUUUGCUACAACAGGAUUAAUUACCAUUCUAACAAACAAUUAUAUUCAUAAACUCUGGAUCACCAGUCUGAUUUGUUAUGUUCUGGCUGGUUUUGUUCAGCCUGUUCUUUAUUUGCACCGCACUUUGAAAUUUUCCUGCCUUUGUUCCCCAUAUUGUGCACAAUAA